GCACUCACAAGUAUAUCCGGGGUAGUGAGGCCACGUUUUUUGGGGGCUAAACAUGGACGCGAAUGAGGAGCCGGUUUCCGGGGAGUUGAUGUCCGUGGCACAGGCUCUUUCUCUCCCAGCCGAUUCCUAUGGCAACGAUCCAGAUAUUGAAAUGGCUUGGGCUAUGAGAGCAAUGCAACAUGCUGAAGUCUACUACAAACUGAUUUCAUCGGUUGACCCUCAGUUCCUGAAACUCACCAAAGUGGAUGACCAAAUCUAUUCUGAGUUUCGGGAAAAUUUUGAGAAGCUUAGGAUAGAUAUAUUGGAUCCAGAAGAGCUCAAGUCAGAAUCAGCUAAAGAGAAGUGGAGGCCAUUUUGCUUGAAAUUUGAUGGGCUUGUAGAAGAUUUCAACUAUGGUACAUUGCUACGACUGGAUUGUUCACAGGGCUACACUGAUGAAAAUACUAUAUUUGCCCCCAGAAUACAAUUUUUUGCAAUUGAAAUUGCUCGGAACCGGGAAGGCUAUAAUAAAGCAGUUUUCAGUGUUCAGGACAAAGAAGAAGAUAAAGUAUCCAAUAAUGGAGGAAAGAAAGAUGCUUGCGAUGGAGAAGAAAAAGGAGCCGAUAGAGAAGGGGAGCAAGAGAAAGAAGCCGACAGAGAAGGGGAACAAGAGAAAGAAGCUGUCAAGGAAGUUAACAAAAGUGGUGAUACCGUUUUUUAAGAUAGAGAGGAAUAGCACUUUACAAGCUAGGAUUCAGCUGGAUUUUUAUUGCCAUAAUGCACAGGCUCCUAUGGCUAAAUUUAUGUCCUGCAAUUGAAGCACAUGCAGGAAAAGACAUUUUUCUAGCCUAAUGAUUAUGAGCUGCUCUAACCAUUGUCUUACACGAACUGGUUUAAUAAACCCCAGACCGUUAUUGGACAUUCAGUUGUUUCUUGUUUUCAGCACUAGACAAGUAGGAAAUGUAAAUAAAUUUCUUCUGAGUCUUAUAACUAUAGCUGUGAUCGGAUUUUAAAGUUUAUUUAAAACUGUUUACCAUUUCAGAUGUUCUUAAGUAUAUACUCUUUGUUAUGUCUUACAUAAAUGUUUAUUAAUGUUUCCUUAUGUUUCCUGUAGUGAAGUUUCUUCAGACCUGUUCAGUUGUACAUGGUUUUGGGACUAGAAAUCCUUACAUUACAAUUGAUUCUUGCCAUGUUCGUAACUGGAGCUUUCUGAUUUUCACUGAUGUAACUGACAAAUGAUUAGUAAGUCCUCAGUGGGAGUAACAGUGAACCUGUCAGACUAGUGAAUGUAGCCCAGAUCACACUAGAGGAAUAGGAGACUAGAACUGCAGUACCUGCUCUUUGCUCCUCUUCUGAAAGUGAGACUAAUAAAUAAUAUGAAGCCCGGUAGGCUUGA